AGGUGUUGACGUCGUGCCACGUACAAGUGGUCCCGCCCCCUGGCACGUCAAACUUGUGUGGUUGUUCAACCUGCUUCAUUAGAGCUUCGAGCUACACAUCUCAUCAAAGAUGGCCGCUCGGACUCUAAAAGCAGUUAAAUGCCCCACAGAUGAACUGUCGUUGACCAACUGUGCAGUCAUCAAUGACAAGGAGCAGCACUUUGAACCACACGUGACGGUUUACAAUGGGAAAGGGGAGUUUGUGUUCACCUUGAAGAAGCAUCCUGAAGUGAGCAGCGGCUGCAUCGCUUUCAGCUUGCCACAGAGGAAGUGGGCGGCUAUUGUUCUGGGAGAUGACUUCAAAGUAACAAACUACAAGUUUGAUAAGUCUAAGGACUGCAUAAGCGUCAUGACCAUGGAGAUAGACUUCCUGCAGAAGAAGUUUGUGGACAGCAGCCCUUUUGAUUCAGACAAGAUGGCCAGCGAGUUAGUCCAGCGCUUCGACAACCAAGCCUUCACUGUCGGCCAGCAGCUCGUGUUUAGUUUUGCCGACAAGCUGUUUAACUUGGUGGUAAAAGAGAUUGAAGCCAUGGAUGCCAGCAUCUUAAAGGGAGAACGACAGGCGGGUGGAUCCAAGAAGAAGGUUGGUUUGUUGCUGGCAAACAGUCAGGUGAUUUUUGAGAAAUCAGAUAAUUCAGCUGUCGUGCUCAUCGGGAAAUCAAAAACCAGAGAAAAUCGCCAGUCCAUUAUCAGCCCAGACUGGAACUUUGAGAGGAUGGGGAUCGGCGGCCUUGACAAAGAGUUUUCUGACAUCUUUCGAAGAGCCUUUGCCUCCCGAGUCUUCCCUUCAGACAUCAUUGAACAGAUGGGCUGUAAACACGUCAAGGGAAUCCUGUUGUACGGACCACCAGGCUGCGGCAAAACCUUGAUGGCUCGGCAAAUCGGCAAAAUGUUGAGAGCCCGAGAGCCAAAGAUCGUCAACGGCCCAGAGAUUCUCAACAAAUAUGUAGGAGAGUCUGAGGCGAACAUCAGGAAGCUGUUUGCAGAUGCAGAAGAGGAGCAAAAGAGGCUCGGUGCAAACAGCGGCCUUCACAUCAUCAUAUUCGAUGAGAUUGAUGCAAUUUGCAAGCAGCGUGGCAGCAUGGCGGGCAGCACAGGAGUCCACGACACUGUAGUCAACCAGCUGCUGUCCAAGAUCGAUGGCGUGGAGCAGCUCAACAACAUCCUGGUCAUAGGUAUGACCAACAGGCCUGACCUGAUAGAUGAGGCCUUAUUGAGGCCAGGAAGAUUGGAGGUCAAGAUGGAGAUUGGAUUACCGGACGAAAGGGGCCGAAUUCAGAUCCUGCACAUCCACACAGCCAAGAUGCGUCAGUAUAACCUUUUAGCCAGCGACGUGGACGUUAAGGAGUUGGCGACUGAGACCAAAAACUACAGCGGCGCAGAGUUGGAGGGUCUGGUCAGAGCUGCACAGUCCACUGCCAUGAACAGACACAUCAAGGCCAGCAGCACAGUGGAGGUGGACAUUCAGACCGCAGAGAAGCUUCUUGUCAGCAGGCUGGACUUCAUGGCUGCACUAAAUAACGACAUCAAACCGGCCUUUGGAACCAACCAGGAGGAUUACGCCAGCUAUAUCAUGAAUGGUAUAAUCCGCUGGGGCGAUCCGGUCUCUGCAGUCCUGGAGGAUGGAGAGCUGCUGGUUCAGCAGACGAAGAAUAGUGACCGAACGCCGCUGGUGUCUGUGCUUCUGGAAGGCCCGGCUAACAGUGGAAAAACAGCUCUAGCAGCUAAAAUUUCAGAAGAUUCAGAGUUUCCCUUUAUCAAGAUCUGCUCCCCGGACAAAAUGAUUGGAUUCUCUGAGACUGCCAAGUGCCAAGCAAUCAAAAAGAUUUUUGAAGAUGCAUACAAAUCCCAGCUGAGCUGUGUGGUUGUGGAUGACAUUGAACGUUUGUUGGACUAUGUCCCAAUUGGACCUCGCUUCUCCAACCUGGUGCUGCAAGCGUUGCUGGUGCUGCUGAAGAAACCGCCCCCUAAGGGUCGUAAGCUGCUGAUCAUCGGCACCACGAGUCGUAAAGAUGUUCUUCAGGAAAUGGAGAUGUUGGAUGCUUUCAGCACCACCGUCCACAUUCCCAACAUUUCUGGAGGCGAGCAGUUGGUCCGGGCCCUGGAGCUGCUUGACUCUUUCCAGGAGAAAGAGCGCAGCGCUAUCGCCAAAGCUCUGAAGGGCCAAAGGCUGUGGAUCGGCAUCAAGAAACUGCUCAUGUUAAUUGAGAUGGCAGCUCAGAUGGAUGCUGACAACCGAGUUAGAAAGUUCUUAAGUCUGCUGAAGGAAGAGGGAGGACUGAACUCCAAUACAUUUGGAAUUAACUAAACGGAGUGGAGCCACACAGAGAAAAAGAGGCAUCCUUCGCUGGAGCAAACCUGAAAGCAGCUGGCAGGAGGAGACGAACAGGAGAAAGCUUCUGUCUUUCUCUGCAUCCUGUCUUUCUUCCCGUCCCUAAAGCUCCGAGCGCCUCUGUAGUCCACCUGGGGGGACGUGUCAUGUCCCUGGGACUGGAGCCUGUCUAGUGACCUAAAAGCUGUCCUGCAGAUGUUUGACUAAAUGUCUGCAGUGGAGUCAUUGGACCAGACAGUUGCUGAUUGGGUCAUCUGGGAUGGAGACUUCUUGUGGGGGGUGGGGUGGGGUUGGGGGUAAUAUCCUCAAAGAUUAACCUAAAAAGUUUGAGUUUCAUUCAGUUGUUUCCUGAUCAAUUUUGCCUUUUUUCAAUAUCAAUAAUUUCCUUCAUAAAACAUCUUUAGUUCAUUAAAUCAUAAAGUUGUAUCUUAUAAAUUUGCCUUUGCCUAAUUGCCUCUGAAACAGAGUGAAUCUUUUGAGACGUGUAUUUUAUUUUGAAAGUUGUUUGAUUAGUGGGCUGGCUGGUUUUUGAUGCAAGUCUGCUUUAUAAUAAAUCUAAAAAAAUGGGUAUCUUUUGUUUUUGUUUUUUGAUUAAAUUUUUAUGAAAAGUCGUGGAAAUGUUUCAAUCUGACAAUAAAUAACCUGAAUAAAUAUUUAUAUUGGUUCCACCUAUAAACGAGACAUGAUUAUGAAUAAAUGCAGAUGAAUUGGACAUGAAUGUCUCCAGUUUUUAUAUCACACAUUAUUGCAGUGUGUUUUGUUCAUCUUUUGAUUUAUUUUAUUUUAAGUGUUUCCAGUGGUCUUUUAUUAAUUAUGAUGCUGAAAUAAAAAUAAUAAAAAAAAAAUAACAGUUUUUUUUUUGAGGACAUAGUUUCUGCAGAGCGGCAGCAGCUCAUCAGAAAUUCACCGCUGAGUUGUGGGUGGGACUACUUAAAUGCUCAGUAAUCCAAUUUUAAGCUUAAUAAUAUUAUUAAUGGAUUGGAUUUAUAUGCGCUUUUCCAGACGCUCAAAGUGCUUACAAUGCAUUUCCAUAAGUCAUUCAGAAGUCAUUCAUAUUUGGUGAUUGUAUGCUACUGAUGUAGCUACAGCCCUGGGGCAGACUGACAGUUAAUUGUCUUUAUAUAUGUUCUGCAUCUGACAAAAAUGUCUCAAGAACACAAUAAAAACCAUCAAAAACA